AUGUCUCCUGAUACUUUUUUGAAAGGCUUUGCUGAAUUUUUCCUCAUGGGAUUUUCGAAUUCCUGGGAUAUUCAGAUUGUACAUGCUGCUGUAUUCUUCCUAGUUUACCUGGCAGCUGUCAUAGGAAAUCUCCUAAUCAUCAUGCUUACCACUCUGGAUGUUCACCUCCAAACCCCAAUGUAUUUCUUUUUGAGAAACUUGUCUUUCUUAGAUUUUUGUUACAUCUCUGUCACAAUUCCAAAAUCUAUUGUCAGUUCCUUGACUCAUGAUACUUCCAUUUCUUUCUUUGAGUGUGCUCUGCAAGCCUUCUUUUUCAUGGACUUGGCGACUACAGAGGUAGCCAUCCUUACAGUGAUGUCCUAUGACCGCUAUGUGGCCAUCUGCUGGCCCUUAUAUUAUGAGGUCAUCAUAAACCAAAGUGUCUGUCUGAGGAUGAUGGCCAUGUCAUGGCUCAGUGGGGUGAUCUGUGGAUUCAUGCAUGUGAUAGCAACAUUCUCAUUACCAUUCUGUGGGCGCAAUAGAAUACAUCAAUUUUUCUGUAAUAUUCCACAGCUCCUAAGCCUCUUAGACCCCGAAGUAAUUACCAUUGAGAUUGGAGUCAUGGUUUUUGGUACAAGUCUUGUGAUAAUCUCCUUUGUUGUAAUUACUCUCUCCUACAUGUACAUUUUUUCUGUCAUCAUGAGGAUUCCUUCUAAGGAGGGUAGAUCAAAAACAUUUUCUACCUGCAUUCCACAUCUUGUGGUUGUAACACUCUUUAUGAUAUCUGGCAGCAUUGCCUAUGUGAAGCCAAUUUCAAAUUCUCCCCUGGUUCUGGAUGUUUUACUGUCUGUGUUCUACACAGUCGUGCCCCCGACCCUGAACCCCGUCAUCUAUAGUCUGAGGAAUAGAGACAUGAAGGCGGCCCUGAGAAGGCAGUGUGGUCCCUGA